UCUGUGUUGAAUUUUGCGGCUGAGAGGGCUGAAAAUUUUAACGCAACGGGUAAAAAAUUAAUUCGAAAAUUGUUCGACUAUUAAGAAAUAAAUAAAUUACAACCUUAUAAUGGCUGCGAGAUUGAUUAACGCUCAGGCCCAGGUCUGUAGGCUGAGCAAACAUGUGGUGUCUGAUCCGAUGGUGCGCCAAUUCCAUGCCUCCUGCUACAGUGCAUCAAAGGUGGCUCUUUCCAAAUUUGAUUCGGAUGUCUUUCUGCCCUAUGAGAAGCUAAGCAAGCGUUUGGAUGUUGUUCGCAGUCGCCUGAAUCGACCAUUGACUUUGUCUGAAAAGGUUUUGUACUCGCAUUUGGAUGAUCCCGCCAAUCAGGAUAUUGAGCGUGGCACAUCAUAUCUGCGUCUCCGGCCCGAUCGUGUGGCUAUGCAGGAUGCGACUGCCCAGAUGGCCUUGUUGCAAUUCAUUUCCUCGGGCUUGAAGAAGGUUGCCGUUCCAUCGACGGUGCAUUGUGACCACUUGAUUGAGGCCCAAAUUGGUGGACCCAAGGAUUUGGCUCGUGCCAAGGAUUUGAAUCGUGAGGUUUACGAUUUCUUGGCCUCCACCUGUGCUCAAAAGGGUCUGGGUUUCUGGAAGCCCGGUAGUGGAAUUAUUCACCAGAUCAUUCUGGAGAACUAUGCCUUCCCCGGUCUGUUGAUGAUCGGCACUGAUUCGCAUACGCCCAACGGCGGUGGAUUGGGUGGUCUGUGCAUUGGUGUCGGCGGUGCAGAUGCAGUGGAUGUUAUGGCCGACAUCCCAUGGGAGUUGAAGUGCCCCAAGGUCAUUGGUGUAAAUCUGACUGGCAAGAUCAGCGGCUGGACUUCACCCAAAGAUGUCAUCUUGAAGGUGGCCGACAUUCUGACCGUCAAAGGAGGCACCGGAGCCAUUAUUGAAUACCACGGCAAGGGUGUUGAUUCGAUUUCGUGCACAGGCAUGGCCACCAUUUGCAACAUGGGUGCUGAGAUUGGUGCCACCACCUCGCUCUUCCCAUUCAAUAAGCGUAUGGCCGAUUAUCUGAAGUCCACUGGCCGCGGCGGUAUUGCCAGCGAGGCGCAAAAAUAUCAAGAGAAGAUCCUUUCGCCCGAUAGCAAGUGCGAGUAUGAUGAACUCAUUGAAAUUAAUUUGGAUACUUUGGAACCCCAUGUGAAUGGUCCAUUCACCCCGGAUUUGGGCCAUCCUAUCAGCAAACUUGGUGCCAACUCCAAAAAGAACGGAUACCCUCUGGACAUCCGUGUGGGUCUGAUUGGCUCUUGCACCAACUCUUCCUACGAGGACAUGGGUCGUUGUGCCAGCAUUGCCAAGGACGCUAUGAGCCAUGGCCUGAAGUCGAAGAUUCCAUUCAAUGUAACACCCGGCUCUGAGCAGAUUCGUGCCACCAUUGAGCGUGAUGGCAUCUCAGAGGUGUUUGAUAAAUUCGGCGGCACUGUUCUCGCCAACGCCUGCGGUCCCUGCAUUGGUCAAUGGGAUCGUAAGGAUGUGAAGAAGGGCGAUAAGAACACAAUUGUCACCUCGUAUAACCGCAACUUCACUGGACGUAAUGAUGCCAAUCCCGCGACUCAUUGCUUUGUUACCAGCCCUGAAUUGGUUACCGCUCUGUCCAUUGCUGGUCGCCUGGACUUUAAUCCCCUUACUGACGAGCUGACUGGCUCGGAUGGCAAGAAAUUCAAGCUAAAGGCUCCCUUCGGUGAUGAGCUGCCAGCCCAGGGCUUCGAUCCCGGCCAGGAUACAUACACAGCUCCACCAGCAAGUGGUGACAAUGUAAAGGUUGCUGUCGAUCCUAAGUCGGCACGCUUGCAGCUGCUCGAGCCCUUUGACAAGUGGAACGGCAAGGAUUUGACCGAUCUGACUGUGCUUAUCAAGGUCAAAGGAAAAUGCACCACUGAUCACAUAUCAGCUGCCGGACCCUGGCUAAAAUAUCGUGGUCAUUUGGACAACAUCUCCAACAACAUGUUUAUUGGAGCUACCAAUUCCGAAAAUAACGAAAUGAAUAACAUUAAGAACCAGCGCACUGGUUCCUGGGGUGGAGUGCCAGAUGUUGCCCGCGAUUACAAGGCCAACAACAUCAAAUGGGUGGCUGUUGGCGAUGAGAACUACGGCGAGGGUUCCUCUCGCGAGCAUGCUGCUCUUGAACCACGUCAUUUGGGUGGACGUGCCAUAAUUGUCAAGUCAUUUGCCCGUAUCCAUGAGACGAAUCUAAAGAAGCAGGGUCUUCUUCCUCUGACCUUUGCCAAUCCUGCUGACUACGACAAGAUUCAACCAACUAGCAAAAUUUCGCUGUUGAACUUGAAUGGUUUGGCUCCUGGUAAACCCGUGGACUGCGAAAUCAAAAACGGCGACAAGGUGGAAAAGAUUAAGCUGAACCACACUUUGAAUGAUUUGCAGAUUGGCUGGUUCAAGGCUGGCAGUGCUCUCAACCGCAUGAAGGAGUUGGCCCAUUAGGCAACUACUUACUUAAUUAUCCCUCCUAAAAUAUAUCCCCUUCCCUGCCCAAACACACACACACACACACAUAGUUACACAAACACACUCUCAUAAGCAAUCAACUUAUGGUAUUGUUAUUUAAAUUUUUUUGUCGAAUUGUUUAUGAUUUUAUUUAGUGUCAAGCAGAAAGUGUGCAAAAACAAAACGUUUUAUAUUAUACAAAUACAAAAAAAAAAAAAUUAUACGAUAUUUUUUCAAAAUGCCUGCAAUUUUGAUCAUGUUUUUUCUUUGCGAUUUUGCCACAACACUCACAUAAGAUAAUACACAAAUCCGAAAAAAUCAAUGAUAUAUAGAAGAUGAAAAUGUCUGAUAACGAUGAUAAAGUGCGAAUAAAAUUAAAAUUAAUAUAUAGAA